GAGUUGGACGAGAAGUACGAGCCGGUGCGGGACAUCGGGUCGGGGAACUUCGGGGUGGCGCGGCUGAUGCGCAACCGCUCCAACGGCGAGCUCGUCGCCGUCAAGCUCCUCGAGCGCGGCCACCGGAUUGACGAGAAUGUGUACCGGGAGAUCGUAAACCAUCGCUCCCUCAGGCACCCCAACAUCGUCCAGUUCAUAGAGGUGAUCCUAACGCCGACACAUCUUGCAAUUGUGAUGGAGUAUGCGUCCGGUGGGGAACUCUUCGAACGGAUCGUUGAUCGUGGGCGGUUCAGCGAGGACGAGGCCAGAUAUUUCUUCCAGCAGCUGAUCUGCGGAGUAAGUUACUGCCAUCACAUGCAAAUAUGCCAUAGGGAUUUGAAGCUGGAGAAUGUUCUCUUGGAUGGUAGCCAAGCACCACGGCUAAAGAUAUGCGAUUUUGGGUACUCCAAGUCGUCAGUACUACAUUCAAGGCCCAAAUCUGCAGUCGGGACGCCAGCGUACAUUGCACCAGAAGUUCUUUGCCGCACAGAAUAUGAUGGGAAGAUGGCAGAUGUAUGGUCCUGUGGGGUGACUCUUUAUGUCAUGAUUAUGGGAGCCUACCCAUUCGAAGACCAGGAUGAUCCCAAGAAUAUUACGAAGAUCAUUAAGCGAAUAGCAGCAGUCGAUUAUAAGAUCCCAAACAAUAUUCUCAUCUCUCUGGAUUGCAGACAGCUCAUCCAACUCAUCUUUACAAGCAAUCCAACAAAGAGAAUCACCAUGAGGGAAAUAAAGAGACACCCAUGGUUCCUGAAGAACUUGCCGAGGGAGCUCACAGAAGCAGGGCAAUCUACCUAUUACAUGAGGAGCAGCAGCAUCGUGCCUCCUUUCUCGAAGCAAACUACCCAAGAUAUCAUGAGGAUUGUGGAAGAUGCGAAGAAGAGGCCAAGAUCAUCCAUAGCAGGAUAUGGCUAUGGCGACGAGGGAUACGAUGAGGAGGAGAAGAAGGUGGAGACAAAUGAGCCAGAACAGAAUGACGAAGAAGAUGAGUGUGACAAGAAGGUCAGGGAGGUUCUUGAGAGUGGGGAGCUGGAUAUGAGCUCGCUGCGCAUCUAAAUACCAUUUGUGAGGUGGGACCGUGGGAGGGAUGUAGAUAAUUUUGGCUUAUUAUGUGGUUGUUGUAUUUUGGUAGUAGGAUGUAUGCAAUUCUGGUGCAGAGGCAGUUUGUUGCCUUUCACGUAAUCUAUGUGUAAUCUAAUAUUCAGAAGGAGGAUAUUUUUUUGCACACAGGAUCCAUUUCAUUGGUUGUGUUGUUUUUGGUAAAACAAAAGUGUGCUAUUUGCUUGAAA